GAGCGUCGUUUUCCUCCCAACUUACAACCCGGUUCAGGGUGCUUGGUCUCUGGUACAUUUUCACGUGUGGGGCUUCCGGGUUUCGUUUCACACUGUGAUUCUGUGAAUUAUAAAUUCAACUAACGAACCCCUUUGAUGGGUACUACUGACCUCUCCCACCCUCUUCUCCAAGUUUCCCAUUUCCUUCUCCGGUGAUUCAUAGCCCUCGUACGUCCAGAGGGAAAGAAGGCGAGGAGUAGAAAGCUUCAGUGAUUGGUUUCUUGGUGAUAGAAAGAAUCGGUCUUCUUUAGAAUUAGUAUAUAUGCAAUGGCAAUGGAACUCAUACCAAUCGGAACAAUCUUGGCUGUGGUAACAAACCAGGUCAUGAAAACAGCUCAGGCUGCAAAAGAUAUUGUCAUUGAGAAGGAUAGUUUUAAGGUCCUGUCUAAAUACCUCUUUGAUAUUGAGCCUGUGUUGAAGGAAUUGCAGCUGAAGAAGUUAAAUGAUUCUCAAGCCGCAAGACAUGCUCUUGAAGCUCUGGAAGCAGAUGUCAAGAAGGCAAAUAACUUGGUUGAGAAGUACAAGAACCGAGCCCGUUUCUAUUUACUUGUAAAGUGUCGACACAUUGUACAUGAAGUUCAAGAAGUUACAAGGGAUAUUGGAAGGUCUCUGGCUGCGUUAUCCAUUGCGAAUACUGAGCUUCUUUCAGGGAUAUCCGAUGAGGUUAAUAGGUUACAGGAUGAGAUGCAGAGAGUUGAAUUUGAGACUUCACACUCUCAACUUCAAAUUGUUGACAAAUUAAAUCAGGGUCUCAGGGAUCAGAAACUUGACCAGGGUUUUGCGAAUGACAUGCUUGAAGAAAUAGCAAGGGCAGUUGGGGUGCCGGUUGAACCCUCAGAGAUAAGCAAGGAGCUAGCAAGCUUCAGGAAGGAAAAAGAAGAAGCUGCCAACAGAAAGGAAAGAGCUGAAGUUUUCUUCUUAGAGCAGGUUAUUGAGCUGCUUUCGCGAGCAGAUGCUGCAAGAGAUCAUGAAGAAAUGCAGAAGCAGUAUCUUCAAAGGAUUCAGGUUAUAGAGCGAUACGAUGCCAGGGAAGAAUGCAUCCCUCCACUUAAUCCUUUCAUUUGUCCUAUAACUAGGACUGUAAUGAUUGAUCCUGUGAGCCUUUGCACAGGCACUACAUGUGAGAGAGCUGCCAUUGAAGCUUGGUUUGAUGGUGGGAAGCGAACUGAUCCAGAAACUGGAGAGAUGCUUGAAGAUACUUCUUUGAGGUCUAACCUUCCACUUAGGCAAUCAAUAGAGGAGUGGAGAGAGCUGAAUUAUUGCCUUAAAAUCAGAGUUUGUAAGGCUAAGUUGUUAUCAGGUUCUGAUUCAUCUAUGGAGGAGGCCCUAAGCCAAAUGCAGGACCUGAUGAGAGAAAAUUCAAUAAAUAAGGACUGGAUUUCCAUAGGAGGUCUAACUGAUAUUAUAAUCUCUGUCCUCGGCAAUUCACGCAAUAGAGAAGUGAAGAGAAAGAUUUUAAUCACUCUGAAAGAUAUCGUGGAGGGGCACACAAGAAAUAAGGAAAAGGUCAUUGAGAAUCAAGGAUGGGAUCACAUUGUACCCUGCUUGGGACGUGACUCAAGCAUAUCAAAGGCUACAGUUGAAUUGCUAUUUGAAUUAUUGCAAGAUAGAUCUGGUUGGAAUGUAUCUGCCUGCAGGAAACUUUCUCACCAAUGCAGUGGGAUUCUUUUUCUUGUUACCCUUUUGAAGGGUCCAGUAAGGGAAUCAGCAGAGUAUGCUGAGAAAAUCUUAAAUAAACUUUUUGAUAUUGAUGAGGAGACCAUUCCUCGAGCUGCCAAGUCAGGGUGGUACAAACCACUUAUUGAUCGCAUCACUCAAGGUCCAGAAUCUUCAAAGAUAUCAAUGGUGAGAGCAUUAGUUAAUAUGGAAUUGGUUGAUUCUGAUUUAAAGCUCCUUGGGGGGGAAGGCAUCAUACCUCCUUUGCUUGAAAUGGUAGCAUCUGGCAAUAUUGAAUCAAAGGAAUUGUCUUUAUCUAUUUUAGUUAAACUAUGCGGUUGUCAUGCCAAUAAAGAGCUUCUUGCUGCUUCUGGUGGAGUUCCUCUUGUUCUGAAACUAAUGUUCUCUCCACAUGUUCGCACCCUUAUUAUUGUUAGAUGCUCUGAGAUCCUUGAGAAACUUUCUUCUGAUGAUGAUGGAAUUAAGUUCUUUGUUAAUGAGAAAGGGGUUCAACUUGAGUUGGAGCAGCUUAUUGUUGAUUUGUUGGCUUUGCAACAGAAUACCAAUUCAUCACAUAACUUUCGAAGGCCUGCUUUGCGUGCACUUUUAGGAAUUUGCAAGUCUGAAGCAGCAUUGGUUAAGACAGCAGUUCUCACAGCCAAUGGUGUAUCUCUAGUCCUUCCUCUUCUUGAUGAUUCUAACUCAGAAGUACAAGAAAUUGCUAUAAGUCUUCUCUUCCUAUUUUCUCAGCACGAGCCACAAGGAGUUGUUGAGUACCUUCUCAAGCCCAAAAGACUUGAGGCUUUAGUGGGGUUUCUUGAAAAUGACAAGGGUGAUGCCCAGCUGGCUGCUGCUGGUUUAUUGGCUAACCUGCCAAAAUCUGAAAUAUCACUAACCAAGAAGUUAAUUGAAUUGGAGGGACUUAAUGCACUCAUAAAUAUUUUAAGAUCAGGAACAACUGGAGCAAAAGAAAAUGCUUUAAGUGCACUAUUCAGGUUCACAGAUCCAGCAGAUCCUGAGUCACAGAGGAUAGUUGUUGAACAAGAAGCUUACCCCUUGCUUGUAAAUUUUCUCAGAUCUGGUUCAGUGACAGCAAAAGCAAGAGCAGCAGCUCUGAUUGGUAAUCUAUCAGCGAGCACUCCUAAGCUAGUGGAUGUACCUGAACAAACUGGGUGCUGGUGUUUUUGGAGAUCGCGUGUUCCUUUAUGCUCCGCACAUGGUGCUAUUUGCAGUGUAAAUACUACAUUUUGUUUAUUGGAGGCAAAUGCUUUGCCUCACUUGGUAAAACUUCUACAGGGGGAAGUUGAUGCAACUGCUUUUGAAGCAAUUCAGACACUUUCCACAUUGGUUCAGGAAGGCUGUCCACACAAAGGGGCUAAUGUCUUGCAUGAGGCUGAUGCCAUAAAGCUAAUCCUGGAGAUUUUAACUUGGGGAACAGAUUCUUUGAAGGAAGAGGCACUUGGACUCCUAGAAAAGGUUUUUCACUCAAGGGAAAUGGUGGAGAUAUACGGAGCAAAAGCUAGAUACAUUCUUGUUGGUCUAAGUGGUAGAAAUGUUCAUGAAGAUGGCCAUUUUGGAAGGAAGGCUGCAAGAGUCUUAUCACUAAUUGAACGCUAUUCAAGAUCAUCAACAUCUCUUCUUCCAGGAAUUUUCACAUAGAGGCAUAAGUUUUCAGGUUAGAACAGAGUUUACAUCAACUUCUUCAUAAUAUUAAUGAAUUAUUGCAAUUAUAGCAACUCAUUGGUUUCAAAAGCAUUCUGAAAGUAUCCAGUACAUAUAUUUGUGUACAGGGUCUGUAUGUAUAGACUAUAGAAAGAAGCAGUCCACAUACCAUUCAUGUAACUAGGUUCUUGCAGAAUUAGUUUGCACAUUUAUAUAAGGUGUCUGUGCUUUUUGACCUCUCUGUUUAUGUUGGUACAUUUGAGUGAGGGCUAUACAGAAUGCUAUACUGAAUGUACCUUCUCCAGUUCCGCAUUUUAGGUUGAAGAAAACUGGUUUUGUCAAAAACUUACAACUAUGACAGUAAUGUUCACUGAUAGCAGACGUUAUGCACAUUCUUUGUGAAUCUUUAUGUUUGAUAUCUGCCACAUUAAGAAGGAUGCAUCAAUAUGUCUAUGACUAGUUGCAAGCUUUCAUUGUGUGAACAAAAUAAAAUCUAGGGUUCUAGGGUUCAGUUUUCUCCUGGGUCAUUAAUAAUGAAAAUCAACAGGUUUGCUUUGGUUUAUGAUGCCUUUGCCCAAUUAUCUGUUGGACCUGGGCUUAUCCCAAUCACAAAGUUGGCAUUAGUCUAGCCAAUGAAACUUGAGCUAUACCAAACUUACGACUUUCUGAGCUUUGGAGAUAAAGCUUGAAACCCUAAUCUGCUUGUUACACACUUUCAGGUUAGAAAAAGGAAAUCUGCUAUAAAUCCGCCUUAGGAUGAUCUUAUGGUCAAAAAUGAAAACUUAUAACAAAUCCACACGUCAAUACCUAGACUCCAACCUUUAUUGACCAAACAUUUUCUUUAUUGGGGAAUAAUUCUAGAUUUAGGAGACCAAAGAGUAGGGGAAGGGUAUUUGGAUCUAUACUUUCCCCUGACAAAGGAGCAACAAGGGUUAGGGCCAUUCAAUGUAUUGAUCAUACCAAGAAUGAUAAUACCAAGAAAUAAGUGCAACUCAC